AUGUUUCAUGAACUUCUUAUUCUUCUUUCAUCAUAUUCUUCUCAUCAAUUAGUUUCAAUAUUUGACUCUUCACCUUGGAUUCAUCCUUCAGAGAGAAUUCUUGUUCAUUCUCUCUGUAAAUUGGCUCGUCAGCAUAGUUUCCUGCGUCAGAAUAAAAGGAUAUCAUUGGAAUUAAAAAAAUCAUGGAUAAAUAUAGUUUAUAUGGGAAUUUGUGAGAUUUGUGAGCCUUUUAUGAAGUUAAUUCUUGAAAUUGAAGAACAAAUUCUUUCUAAAGAUUCUAUACUUGUUGGUGGAAAAGAUAAUAUUUCUCUUUCACAAAUAGAAAUUAUGUUUAAACCAUGGUAUAGAAGAAUGGAUUAUUUAGAACAUAUUGUUUUACAAAUUAAAGAAAAUUGUAAGGAAGAAGAGAUAAUGAAUGAGUUAGAAGAAGAUAUGAAAGCAGGGUAUAAAGAUAUUGAGAAUAUAGCAAGAUUUUUGUUAUGUUUAAUGCAGAAAUCAUGGGUUAAUAGGAUGAUUCCAUGGAUGUUUUGGGGAAAAAUUCCAUUAAAUGAAGAAUUUUAUAUUUCUGUGAUUAAAGAAAAAGAUUUGGAAGAAUAUAGAUAUGAUAUGAAGAAAGUUCCAAAAUUUGUUUCUGAGAAAGCAGCAUAUGAUAUUUUUACGAAUGGAAAAGCAAUUUGUAAAAUGGAAAAUGUAUUGAGAGAUGAAUUUUUUGAGCAUUCUGUUAUUUCUGACAACAUGAAUUUGAUUUUGACAUUAGAAUAUCCGAUUUCUUUGUGUUUAUUUGAAAAUGUUAUUAAAAAAAUUAAGGAAAAUUGUUCUAAAAGCAUUUUCAAAAAUAUUAUUUCAAUAAAUAUGAUUACGAAUCUUAUUAGGCUAUUAUGUGACUAUUAUUUAAUUCAAUACUCAGAAUUUGCUUUUUAUUUUCUCAAAGAAGUUUUUAAUAAGCAGAAAGUUAUAAAAAUGUCAAAACAAACACAAAUAUCAAUUAUAUUGAUUAGGACAUUUAAAGAAUUAAGUAGAUUUGAAGAAAAUUUAAAUCUUGAUGACAAUAUUCCAAACAGACGUAUGCUAUCGCUUUUAAUUUCAAAAGAUUCUGUACAUAAUACGUCCUUUUCUGAUUUAUUAAUUGGAGUUCCUAUUAUUCUUUCAUUUUCAAUACCAUGGCCAUUAACUUUAUUUUUUUCAGAAAAAGAUGUUGAAAAGUAUAGUGAUAUUUUUUCAUAUCUAAUUGCUAUUAAACAAGCACGAACACUUUUAUCUGACUUAUGGAGGGAAAGGCGGGUUGUUGCUAAUCCAGAUAGAAUUAAACGUUCUUAUUGGGCCACUGCUAAUUAUGUACUAUAUUUUUUAGAUGGUCUUUGGGCCUAUUUUCAGGCAAAUGUUAUUCUAACUGAAUAUGAGAAGUUAAUGUCCUGUUUUUCUGAUGAUUUUAGUUAUGAUCCUGAAUCCAUUCAAAUAUGUCAUCAGCAAUUUUUAUUCAGUUUAACUAAAAAAUUAUUUUUGAAAAAUGAUAAUUUUUUAGCAACUUUAAAAAAGAUUCUUUUAUCUGUAAACUUAAUUGCCUCUGUUAUUAAUUCUUGCUUUGUAAAUAAUUAUACAGUUCCACAACAGUUUGAUGAAAACCUUAUUAGAGGUUUUAUUAAACAAAUUAUUCGUAUUAUAGAAGAAAUAGAGCAUACUGAUGUUGAUUUGAGACUAGUAAAUCAUCUGCUCUUAAGGAUGGAAUUUUAG